GAAGAGGGAGGGAUUAUCAUUAAUUACCCAAAGUCUGUAGAGUACAAAAAGACCAAAGGGCAGCAUCUCAGCAGUGUGACUAGCUGUUGAACAAUGGCAGGAAGUUGGUGUGCUGUUCAGUCUCUGGCACUUUGUGUUUGGUUCUGUGCUUUCUGUCAUGCUGUUCCGAAGUGGAGUGAUCUGCCCCAGAAUCCUCAAGCUCUGAUGUUCCGGCAAACUGACCAGCGGUUUCAGAAGCCAGUUCAACAGCAAGCUAGUCAAUGGUUUCCUCAGCAGGUUCAAAAGCCAGUUCAACAGCAAGCUAGUCAACGGUUUCCUCAGCAGGUUCAACAGCAAGCUAGUCAACAGUUUCCUCAGUCAGUUCAACAAGCUAGUCAACAGUUUCCUCAGCAGGUUCAAAAGCCGGUUCAACAGCAAGCUAGUCAACAGUUUCCUCAGUCAGUUCAACAAGCAGGUCAACAGUUUCCUCAGCAGUUUCAGCCUAAGCAGCCAGUGGCAAAGGCAGAACCACUUGACAAAUGUACUGUAGCUGAUUAUGAGCAGAUCCAAUGUGGACCACCUGGUAUCAGUGGUGCUGAGUGUGCUGCUAUCAACUGCUGCUUUAAUGGACAGCAGUGUUACUAUGGGAAGGCAGUGACUGUCCAGUGUAUAAGAGAUGGUCAGUUUGUGGUAGUGGUGGCGAGAGAUGUUACGCUGCCUCGAUUGAGCCUGGAUUCAGUCCGUCUCCUGGGUGGAAAUGAUCCAGCUUGCAGUCCUGUGGGAUCCACACCUUUCUUUGCUAUAUACCAGUUCCCCGUCACUGCAUGUGGCACAAGCAUGAUGGAGGACAGUGGAUAUGUGGUGUAUGAAAACAGAAUGACCUCCUCAUAUGAAGUGGGUGUCGGACCACUUGGUUCCAUCACAAGGGACAGCCAUUUUGAGCUUCUCUUCCAGUGUAGGUUCUCUGGUACCUCUGUGGAAGCUCUGGUUGUGGAGGUCAACACCGUUCCUCCACCUCCACCAAUAGCUGCUCCUGGACCCCUCAGGGUGGAGCUUAGACUGGCAAAUGGUCAAUGUGUCACCAAAGGCUGUGCAGAAGGGGACGAGGCGUACACGUCCUACUACAGUGAUGCUGAUUAUCCAGUUACAAAAGUCCUGCGGGAGCCUGUGUAUGUUGAGGUGCACAUUUUGGAGAGGACCGACCCCAACAUUGUCCUGAUGCUGGGACAUUGCUGGGCGACAUCAACCCCCAGUCCACUCAGUCUACCCCAAUGGGAUCUUCUGGUUGAUGGAUGCCCUUACCAGGAUGAUCGUUACCUGACCACAUUGGUUCCAGUGACUGGGUCAUCUGGUCUUCAGUUCCCGAGCCACUACAAGCGCUUUGUUGUGAAGAUGUUCACAUUUGUAGAUCCAGCAUCACUGGCUCCUCUGCAGGAAACCAUCUUCAUCCACUGUAGUACAGCGGUGUGCCAUCCCUCCUCUGGCUCCUGUGAGCAAAGCUGCACUAGGAAAAGAAGAGACACGCACGUCAAGACCAUCUCUAGUGGGCAAACUGUGGUGUCUAGUGGAGAAGUUAACCUGGUCAAGUGAAUUUUAGUGUUUUAAUAAACUUCAUGAAACUCAA